AUGUCAGAAAAGAAAAGAGAUGUGGACGUAACGCAGGAGAACGGGAUGGAUCAAUUAGAAGGGAAAGGUGGUUCCAUAAAGUCUAGCAGAGGUGGGAGUACUAAGGAGCGUGAGAAUGGACACUGCCAGGAACAGCCAGCGGAAUCGCCCGUCCAAACCCAGGACAAGAACCAACACCCAACCCAUGAUGACGACUACGAAGACAGCAGCUCUUCCGACGAAAAGCCCAAAAAGAAUUCCUCCAAGCAUCAUCAGGCCGACAAACGCGAUCGCAAAUCCAGCCGGAAAAGUAGCUCUGCCUCCAAGUACUCCAGCAGGAAGUCCCGAACCAGCUCCAAAUCCAUUGACUUGUUUUCAUCGCGCAGGAAGAGACGAAGCACUGUCAAUCGAAAGAAGGCAUCUGCGGCCCGGGAGAAGAGGUUCACGUUUGUCCUGGCUGUGGUGAUGGGGGUGUUUGUAGUUUGCUGGUUUCCAUUUUUCUUCUCUUACAGUCUGUAUGGGAUAUGUCGUAAGCCCUGUGAAACUCCAGAGACCCUUUUCAAAUUCUUUUUCUGGAUUGGCUACUGUAACAGCUCUCUAAACCCAGUCAUCUACACAAUUUUCAAUCAGGAUUUCCGGAGAGCAUUCCAAAAGAUCCUCUGUAAGUCAUGGAAGCGCUCUUUCUGA